GGUAACUGAGGAUCAGCUCAGAGGAAGAGGAGGAGGAAGAGGAGAGAGGACCGCGAGACGAAGAGCAUCUGAGCGGAGGAUAUAACCAGGAGAGAGGGGGAGACACACACAGAGAGGAGACCACGAGGAAGAGGAGAAGUGAAGAAGAGGAGGAAAGAGGAGAUCAAUGAGAGGCUGAGAUUUCAGGAGAUUCAGCAGAAAGAGAGGAAGAGGAGCGACUGUGAGGAAGGACACAUGGAAGACUUUAGGAGAGGAAGAGGAGGAGACGUAUUCACAGAGUUCACUCAAACUUAGAGAGGAGGAAGAGGAGGAAGAGGAGGAUAUCUGAGAAACUCCUUUUAUUUGAAGAGAGGAAGAGGAGGAGGAGGAAGAGCACUUCUCCCUGCUCUCUGACCCGAUGGCUUGUUACUACAUCGUGAUCAGCUCCACUCACCUGCACGGCGGACAGCUGCGGAGCAUCAAAGGAGUUUUCAGAGGACCAAUCGGAGCCGGAGGAGCACACAAGG